GGCUGGUGUUUCUGGAAAUGGGAAUGUUCAUCUGAACCCCACAUUUUUGAGGAAGAGAUUCUCCUGCAUCUUCCUCUAUGGUUGGGAAACAAGCAGCAGCCUCCUUCACACAGUUGCAUGCUGCUUGCCUAGCCGCGGUGGUUGGAGUCAUUGCCUUGAUAUUCUUCACACCAGCACAGAAUGCAGCUGCCGGACUAGGGACUACCCCUGGCAGUCAGGUAUGAGACGCAGGGGGCCAAGGAUGCCAUCCACUUGUUCACAGGAGAAUGCUUGUCCCGGCCUCACCAUGAAUGAACACAAUGGCCAACAAAGCAAACAUGGUUAUGAAAGCUCCCUUCAUUCUCACUCUAUAGUAUUUGAAUGUUGAAGAACACUGAUCUUAUGGUUCUAUGAAUUGCUUUCUAUGCUGAGUAAUGCGUACUUAA